AUGCCGUUUACUUGGGAUUUGAAAAACAAUUUCAUUCUUAUACAUUCGGUUAUUCAUCAUCAACAACAGUCAGGGGUGAAAAUAAUUGAUUGGGCAUGCGUUGUGAAUGACAUUCAAUUGGAAAUUUUAUCAACACCAGUUCAAUUGGAAUGUCAAUAUGAUUAUUUGAGUAAAACGUUCGACUCCAAACAAGAUUCAAUGGCUCUUUAUCUAAGAAUGAAGACUGUGUAUUUACAAUCAUUAUGUAAAAAAAUGGAAGAAAGUGUUCAAAACACAUUGCAAACUGCGUAUGAGCUGAUCAGACAUGCACGUUCGAAACGAAUUUCCGCUCAAGAUAUCGAACAAUUAAUUAAGGAAUGGAAGUCUAAUUUUUCAUCGGAUGAAGAACAACCGAAUAAGCAGCAUCUUUUAAAAAUAUUAAACCGUAUUGUUCAUUACAUUAAGACAGUACCUAACGAUGCUCCACACUUCAAACAAAUACAAUACUCUAACAUAAAUCAAUCAACGCGUGUUGACAAACUAAUUCGAGAUGAAAAUCGAGAAUCUUUAUCAGAUAGUAAAGACGAACCUGCAGUCAUCGAGAAACAAAGUAGUUCUACCGCUACAUCAAAUAGAGAAAAACCUUUGCUUACACGUCGUCGUACUCAAUCGUUGACAAUAUCUGUUGAAAAUAAAGACGAUCAAGUGAACGUUGGUGUUGAAUGGUUUGUACCAAAAUAUAAACGUCAACAAAGAUCUUCAUCUAUACAUACUGAAUAUCCAUUAAUUUCUUCAGCAGCAGCAGCAGCAUCGUCAUCAGUAGAAAAUCAACAACUUUUGACUACAAUUGAUAAUGAUGAAUCUUCGAAUUCAACGAAUCCUUCACAUGUUCAAUCACCAUUAUCGUGUUUAUCGCAUGCAGAUGACCAGAUUACUGAAGAGGAACGUCGACAAACAGAUUUGAAACUGAUUGAUGACCAACAACUGGAUGAUGUAUCUUCUACAGAUUCAGAAUCGAUCCAAAUUCAAUGGUCUUCAUCAGCUAAAAACAAACUACCUCCCUCAUCCAUGUCUCACCAAGUUGAUGAUGAUCAUCAAGAAAACAAUUCGUCUAAACGACAACGACUCGCUUGA